ACUCUGCAGGACAGUGGCCCUCCAGGACCGAAGUUGCCUAUCCCUGGUGUACACGCUCUUGCUCUUCUCCUAAUGGAGUUACAACCUGGUGCAGAUGGUCCCCAGAUUCUCACAGCAGAUGCUUUGUACCAGCUUUGUCGUGUUCUUCUAAACAUUGAGCACACAGCCCCACGGCCACUGAUUCUUGCACGCCUUGCAAUACUGCAGCUGCAUCGAGGAUUCCUCUAUGAUGCCUAUCAGCUACUGAAGAAGCUGAUCAAUUCAGCAGACACUAGCUGUCUGUGGCCCCUUCUAUCUGUAACAUCUUUACAAGACCGAGCACUUCUAGAAAAACACUGCCACACUGCUUCUAAACGUAUACUGUGUGGCCAACAAGCAGAAAGUGCAAUAAGGGAAGCUGUGGCCUAUUUAUUCAUUGCCAUUAUGGCUUCAGGUGGUGCAGCAAUAGAUUCCCUGUUGGAGAGAGCAAGAUGUUAUGUUCUGUUGGGCCAAUGGAAGACGGCUAUCUUUGACUUCACUGCAGUCCUUAAAGAGCACCCAGACCAUGUGCAGGCUUUGUGUGGAAGAGGAUUCACUUAUCUUAUGCUGAACCAGCAAAAGGAAUGCACACUAGACAUACUGGUUGCCCUUCAGCAUGGAGCUGAGGAGGUCACUCAGAGCAUGCUGUCGCUUAAAGACAAAGCAUGAAAACUCGUCAGUGAAUGGUUGGUUCAGCACUGUCACAGCAGCCUGUCAGAGACACUGUCGGCCAACCCUGUACCCUGCCGGGAGGAGCUCCUUCAAGAGGCCCUUUUGAUUGAUGGCGCACUAAUGAACACUGACUGCAGGGAACCCAGGUGGCACCUCCUGUACAUAGAUACACUACUUGCCAAAGGGGAGGUGAAUGCAGCAGGUGCACACCUGAAGCAGGUGUUUGGUCAAGAGCCUUGAGAUACCGCAGCUAAGGCCAGAUGGGGUGUUGUGAAGGCCUGGCAGCAGAACUACAAAGUGGCUGCCAACUAUCUGAGUGUGGUGGCUGAGAAAGAACAAGCAACUCUAGACUUUCUAAUCACACUUCUGCAGUCAGUUCAAAGAAAACGCCUGGCACAGGCAGCAUCUCAGCAGGCCAGCAGUGUUUCUGAAAGUGGUCAGUGGGAGCAGGCUUUAGCCCUCCUUACACUAGCAGUGCGAGUGGUCAGUGAGAUGAAGCUUCAGUACCUCAGGCAGCAUGCAGCCUUUCUGUCCCACCUGGGCCUCCAUGAGAGGGUGGUGUCUGAUCUGAAUAAGGUCAUCCAGGGCCACAAUGCAGAUGCUAGAGAGGAGCAAAGGGUUUGGACAGAGGACCAGAGGCAGUAGUGUUAUUGUGUUCCAAAAAAAGAGUCUGGCUUACAGGACUUUUCUCAAGCCUUGGACCUGCAUGAGGAACGAGUCCUGCUAUGUGUGGAGGCUGGUCUGGGAACACAACGCCUCGCUGAAAUGUAUCUGUGCUUUGCCCUGCAGAACUAUGGCCAGCAGAAACUCGAAAAAGCUUGGCUUCUGACGG